AAAUAAUAUGAACUUGAAUUGUAUAGUGUUAAAUCAUAAUAACUAAAUGUUUUAUCUAGUUUUGUACACUUUUUAACCUGAAAUAUGUUCCGAACUUAUAAGUCAAAAAAAGAAACAGGUGGAGGGCUGGAUCCUCGAGAUGUAAUACAAUCUAUUGACGAAAAGAGCUCAUUAUUUGAUGCUUUUUAUAUACAAAAUAUUAAACAAGUAAAGCGCGAUUUUUCUUGUAUGGGAACUUCCAAUUCUUCAUACAAUAAAACGCGUAAGAAAAAAUAUGUUAAAAGGCUCAAGGAACCAUUAGUUGAGGAAUCUAUAUCACAGUCCACUUUCUUAACUCCUGAUAAAUCUUUACGCGUAAAUAGAGAGCGUGAUCCCUUCGACCAGCUUCUAAACUCUUCUUUUUCCAAUACAACUCCUAUUUGUAAAUAUGUUAAAAAAAUUACUUCAAGGAGCAAAAGGAAGAAUAAGGUGAAGAAGAAGGUUUUACAUGUUUCCAGUGACAACUGUGACUCGAAUAAAGAAAAUGAAGAUACAAACUGUGAUAAUUAUUUAGAUAUUAGAUCACAUACAUUAUUUGUAGAAAAAGAUAGAUAUGACCCUGUAACUACAAAUGACUCUGUAGAACACAUUGAACCAAAUUUCAUUAAAAAUUUGAGAAGUGUUGGUAAACAAAUUGGUUUUGAAUCACCUGACACAAAUUUAAAAAAAAUACAGAAUUCCGAAUUUUCUGAGUCUCCGCUAUGUAGUACUCCUGUUCUGGAAAAAUAUAGAGGAAAAUCUAUAUACAAAUUUUCGCCUAUUUGUCUUGAGAGAAGAAGUUCAAAGCUAAGAGAAAUAAAGAAGUAUUCAGUUUCAAGAAGUUCUAAACAGUCAGAAUAUUUUGAAUGUAUGGGUAAAUCUAAAUAUUCACUUGAAGCAUGUAAUGAAGAAAAGAUUCUAGUAUGUGAAAAUAAUACAAAUGAGCCAAAUGAUACAGCUAGAUGUUUACACAAUAGUGUAAGUGUAUCUAAUGAUUUUAAUCACUCAGCACUCUUAGAUUUUGAACAAGCAACACAGGCUGAUCAGAAAAGUAAUAGUUAUACUUUAGAAACUAGCUAUAGAAUUAAAAGCCCUAAAAGUGUGGAAAGUGAAAAUAAUACCAAACACAACAAUGCAAAUGAGGAGGAAUUAGAAUCUGUCAAAUUUUCCCAAGAUGUGUCUCAAAAUUCUCAUAGUGACAUAUCAAUUAAUAAAUCUGACUUGGAAUCAGAAAUGGAAUGUUCAUUGACUUACACUGAUGAAGAUGAAUCACAGAAACCAUUCUUAGGAUUUUCAAGACUGGAUAAAUCCAAUGCCAAUCACAAUAGCCCAUUGAAUUCAAUUUCAGAUUCAAUAACUUACACCAAUGAAGAUGAACCUAUAGAACCCUUAGAAUUUUCUAGACCAGAUAAUUCCAAUGACUGUCACAAAGGCUUAUUGGAUAAUAAUUCAGAUUUAAUAACUUACACUAAUGAAGAUGAACAAGACGAACCCUUCAUAGGAUUUUCAAGACAGUAUAAUUCGAAUGAUAGCCAUGAUAGCUUAAUGGAUAAUAUUUCAGAAUGUUCUAGCAAAAAUCAAAGUAAUAGUAGCAAUAAUUCUUAUUAUGACACAUGUAGUGAAUCACGACAUUCAAAUAAUGGAGAAUCUCAUUCUCAAGGUAGUUCAAAUUCAAAUGAAAAGAGCUUCUGUGAUAUGAAUGAUUGUUCCGAGAUGUGUUAUCUUAGUUUAGUUGCAAAUAGUUCAUUAAGUAGUGACAAUUAUGAAGUUAAGAAUGACAAAGACUUAUUGGAAAAUUCACCAGAAACCAAUGUGGAUGAAUUGACAUUUGUUAAUACUAGAAGAAGAUUUAAAGCUAACAGUAGUAUAAAUACAAGUUUGUUAGAAUGUUCAAUUAAUAGUACACAUUCAGUGGAUAAAACAUUAAAUAAUUCUGAAGGCCACCUAACAUCCUGUGAACAAGAAAAAGAUCUACUAUGUACUACAGUCUACACUGGUGAUCAAAUUAAUUCCACAUUAUGUAAUCCGAAUAAAACUACUGUUGAUGAUAAUCAUUUGACAAAAUCAUGUGAAAUAAAUGAUAACAGAGAACAAGUGCAUAGUGAAUCGAUAAAUAAAGUGGAAGCAGUGAUAAACAAUUUAUCACCUCGUAAAUUAAAACAUGCUCAAAAUUCUGAUAGCUCCUCAGUAACAGUAAGAAGAGGAUCUAGAAUAAGCAAUAGUAGAAAUACAAUGGUGGAUCUCAAUACAAGUGACAUAAAAAACCCAAUAGUUCUGCAGCCAGGAAAGAAGUGGGAAAGAUCUUUGAGUAUUUAUAGAAGAAUGACUACAAUGGUUGAUGGUACCAACCAAUCUAUUUUGGACAUAGAGCCAUUAGAGCACAAAGGCAGAAAUUAUAGGCUGAGUGUCAAGAGUACAAUUGAAAUGCAAGAAAUAAAUGCUUCAUUUAAUAAUGAAUCCAUUAAGAAUCACAGACCUUCUUUUGUGUCAAAACCUUUUAGACCAAGUAUCCAAUUAUUAAGGGAAUCUUCUGCAUCUAGACUAAGCAUAUGCUCAUCAGCUAUUUUGGAAGAUUUGGAAGGAUUUUUGUCCGAGGAUUGUGAUGAUACGAUCAUCGAACUAUCAAAACUCUCGAUCGGUGAUUCUGAGCACGAGACUACAAUAAGAGAACAUUUUCAUGAUAGUUCGGGACGUUUGUGCACAGCGCGUGAUUACGUUCUACGACGCUGCAAUCAAACAGAUGCUAUCUUAUUUGAUGAGUGCUAUCCAGAUACAGCUUUGAAGAACUGUCGGAAGAUUGGCGAAGGAGUGUAUGGAGAGGUGUAUCUAUGGAGAGCUGCUGACGGCCGUGCUCGUGUACUGAAGGUUAUCCCAAUUGCUGGAGAUACCAAGGUCAAUGGCGAGGCUCAGAAGGACUAUGAUCAGAUUAUAUCGGAAAUUGUGAUUGCUAUGGAAUUGAGCGCCCUGCGUGCUCCAAUACAAGAUAUAGAAAAUCAUUUUAAUGAAGGGAAGAGCUUUGAAAAUUUGGAUUUACAUUCUAUAGACAAUGCAACUGAUGUUUUUAAUGAGGUUCUAGCUGUGCGCCUAGUAUACGGGGCUUAUCCCAGCCGCCUGCUCGACCUGUGGGAGCUGUAUGACGAGUGCAAGGGCUCGGAGAACGACAACCCGGCCGUGCUACCUGCCCGUCAGCACUACCUGGUGCUGGAACUGGCUAACGCGGGCCAGGACCUCGAGAGCUACCAGUUCAACAACGCAGAACAGGCCUACGCGCUCUUCAAACAGGUCGCAUUCGGCUUGGCGAUCGCAGAAGAGGCGUGCCAGUUUGAGCAUCGCGACUUGCACUGGGGCAACGUGUUGAUUGCACCCACUGACAACCAGUUCGCCACGUUCGUGCUCCGUGGUCGCACGUACCGCGUCCGCACGUGCGGCGUGAAGGCGACCAUCAUCGACUACUCUCUGUCGCGCGCUACUCUCGGCCUGGCGGACGACGUGAGGUCCAGCGGCACUCUCUUCACGAACCUCGGCGACGACGAAUCACUAUUCGACGCCGUCGGCGACUACCAGUUCGACGUGUACCGACUCAUGAGAGAUCGUCUCGGGAACGUUUGGCACAACUUCGAGCCGUACACAAACAUUCUGUGGCUACAUUACACUGCUGAUAAGAUGAUAACUUCUCUCCGGUACACCAGGACUAACACCAAGAUACACAAACACUACAUUGCGAAGCUGAAACAGGUCAAGAACAAAAUUUUGGAGUACGGCUCCUGUACCCAGUACGUUCUCACCGACAGCGAUAUCUAAACUAUGCUUGUAACUAACUUGUUAAUAUUUCAAUAUGGUUUGCACAUGUAACUCGUUUGACCCUGAACAAUUUAGUGUAAAUAGAUUUGAAAUUAAUAUUGUAUUAGACCCUGAAAGUAUAUUAUUAGUCAAAUUGUGGAAGGCCGCUGCGGAGCUUGUGCCUUUCUGGUUUAAAAAUAAAUUCAUAUAUCUCAGUCA